AUGCUGGACGGGGUCGAGGGGUACCCACCGACCCAGUCUUCGGGGGUCCUCGAUCUGUUUACAAACGAGUUGGGGACAUCUCGAAAUGAGGCUCACAUUGAUUCGGAUGGCAUACUCCAGGGCAUUCAAAAUGCCAAACGAAGCGAUCUCGUUCGUCUACCGCCCGCCACGUUCCUUCCCCCCGGCUCGUCGGAGAAUGUCGUCCAGCACAGUUUUAACUUCGCCAGUCCAAGUGCGCCGCCGUAUCCGACGCUCCAAGUCACCCCGACUCGAUUCAACUUGGUGUUUGGCCAAGUCAUGCUGUACUCGAUCCUGGACAUCAAAGAAAACGUGGACCCACGAUAA